GAAUGAGUUGGGAGAUUAAUUUCAUUCAUACAGCAUCUGAAUUGGAAGACAUACACAUGAUGCAUGAUAUGUUUCAUUUUCUUUCCUUUUUUGUUUAACCUUUAGAUAAACGAAAGAAUAAUAAUAAAGAAGUAAUUGUUGUUUAAGGUACCCAAGUCACCUGUGGCUGUUAGGCUGUUGCACGAGUAAAAUGUGGUUUGAUUUUUCAUGUAAGAUUGGUGUUUUUUCCUAAAUUCUGAAACAAUAGCAGAGAAAAGGUUAGAAGAAUCAUGAAUGUGAUGCUAAAGCGCAAGAGCGUGGCGUGUUUCAAGGGAAUGAGUCGAAUGUUUAAUACUUUGUUAAAAAUAAAUUAUUUAUGCAUGUAUAUAUCCUUAAUCCUUAUGCAUGAAGAAGAUACAAUGGUUUUUCUCAUCCUACGAGGGAAGGGUUGGGUACGUAGAUUGAGUAAACUGCCCUGGGAAAAUUGUUGGGAAGUACGGUAGAUUAGUAGAGAUCAGAUGGAAUGAGUCUUGAGGGCAUAAACUGAAACUUCGUGAUUGAGAAGGAUUAACAAUUGCCUUGAAAUUGAGAGAGAGAGAGAGAGAGAGGAGAUUUGCAUAAGACAACGUCGUCAUAGGCACUGGAAGAAAAGAUUAUCCCGCUGUUACGAUGAAUAUAAUUUCAAUCAAAAUCAAGUAGUUUUAAGGGGUCGAGAGCGCACGUGCUGGUUGAAAAAGACAAAAGGGAAGUCUUAUGGAAGGCCGCAAGACAAGGCAAGCUGACAAAAGACGAAAGAAAUGCAAGUAAAUUAGCAAAGCGGCAAAGAAAGGUUCAACUUUUCAAGUUUCAAGUCCCAAAGUAGAUUGAUUUGGAGGGUGGCUGAGAGGGUAUGGUAUGGGGGUAUGGGUAUUGGAUUGCAGCAGUUGAAGAAACAUUCCUGUCCAGUCUUUGAGCUCCUCAGAAUGUCCCGCCUAACUCCUCGCUCUCGCUUUUAAUGCAAACAAAUCGCAACGAGCUCUCCUCCUCCACUCCUCUCUUCUCCCCACUUUCCCUCCCCUUCUCUCUGCCCUUAGACUUGACUCUCUCCAAUCCAAUUCCUUCUCAUUUUCAUUUCAUUUCCCUCUUUCUCUCUUGUUUUCGUUCUUAUGAUAUUAAAAAAAAAAAAAACGAAAUUAAACCAAAAUGAAAACAUAAACGAAAUUAAUUCUCAUUUUCCACAAAACCAAAUUAUACUACUAACAAACAUAAAUGGAUGAACAUAUCAUCCAAGACGACGACGAGGACAGGGAGGCCCUCGCUGCCCUCAGUUCUGUCCCACCUCCCCAACGCAAGAUCCACUCCUAUAGCCAGCAGCUCCGCGCCAACUCCGCCCAAAAGCGUUACCAUCAACUCCGCAAGCACAGCCUGGAUGACAUCCCCAAGCCCCCGGACCAUUACUGCAAUAAUGACGACUCUUCCGACGAUGACUUCUUCGCCUACUCCUCCUCCUCCUCUUCUAACAACGCUCCCUCUGCUCAAGAUUAUAUCAUCACUCAUUCCCAGAGGCUCGACCAGAACCUCUCCUUGGAGGGUUGCCCCGAAGAUCCCCGCCAUUGCCACCCUUUGCCCGAGUUCAUUGGCGCUGGUGGUGGUACCGGUAUUUUCAAGGUCCCUAAGCGCGCCACCGUACACCCUGGCCGCCCACCUUUCCUGGAGCUCAGGCCCCACCCCCUCAGGGAGACUCAAGUAGGAAAGUUCUUGAGGAACAUUGCUUGCACCGACACACAGCUCUGGGCUGGCCAAGAGUGUGGGGUUCGGUUUUGGAGGUUCCAGGACGCUUAUGAACCUGGCCUUGGUGCCAAAGUCAGGAGGGGUGAUGAGGAUGCAGCGCCCUUUCAGGAGUCUGCCAACACCUCCCCAACCAUGUGUUUGCUGGUAGAUAACGGGAAUAGGUUGGUUUGGAGCGGCCAUAAGGAUGGCAAGAUUAGGUCUUGGAAGAUGGAUCACCCUGCGGAUGAUACUUCUCCUUUCAAGGAAGGCUUGUCAUGGCAGGCGCAUCGUGGUCCUGUUCUUUCUAUCAUCAUCAGUUCCUAUGGUGACUUGUGGUCCGGUGGUGAGGGCGGUUCUAUUAAGAUUUGGCCAUGGGAAUCCAUUGAAAAAUCUCUUUCUCUUAGACCAGAGGAAAAGCACAUGGCUGCUUUACUGGUAGAGAGGUCAUUCAUUGACCUCAGGAGCCAAGUUACUGUUAAUGGUAACUGUAUCAUCUCUUCUUCAGAUGUCAAGUGCUUGGUCUCCGACAAUGUAAGAGCUAAAGUUUGGUGUGCUCAGCCUCUUUCCUUCUCCCUAUGGGAUGCUCGCACAAAGGAGCUUCUCAAAGUGUUCAAUAUUGAUGGUCAAACUGAAAAUCGAGUUGACAUGCCAUCAGCGCAAGAUCAACCAGCCGUAGAAGAUGAGGUGAAGGUGAAAUUUGUUUCCACUUCAAAAAAGGAGAAAUCUGGGGGCUUUUUGCAACGGUCACGCAAUGCUAUAAUGGGAGCGGCAGAUGCUGUCCGUCGAGUUGCAACAAGAGGAACAGGGGCAUUUGCAGAAGACAAUAAGAGGACGGAAGCAUUAGUACUAACAGCAGAUGGGAUGAUAUGGAGUGGAUGUACGAAUGGUGUUCUGGUGCAGUGGGAUGGAAAUGGAAAUCGUUUGCAAGAUGUUCAUCACCAUUCUUGUGCAGUCCAAUGCUUUUGUGCUUUUGGAACGCGAAUAUAUGUAGGCUAUGUUAGCGGGAUGGUCCAGGUGAUGGAUCUUGAAGGGAACCUGAUUGCAGGAUGGUUUGCUCACAAUGGUCCUGUGAUAAAAUUGGCAACUGGCAAUGGUUAUAUCUUCAGCUUGGCCACUCACGGGGGUAUACGUGGAUGGAACAUCUUAUCUCCAGGGCCAAUUGAUAGCUUAUUACGAUCAGACUUAGAAGAAAAAGAAGCAAUUUACUCGAGACAAGACAAUGUCAGGAUUCUCGUUGGAUCAUGGAAUGUUGGUCAAGGAAGAGCCUCUCAGGAGUCACUUAUGUCAUGGUUGGGUUCUGUUGCAUCAGAUGUUGGCAUUGUUGUUGUUGGGUUACAAGAAGUGGAAAUGGGAGCAGGUUUCCUUGCAAUGUCUGCUGCUAAAGAAACAGUAGGACUUGAAGGGAGUUCUAUUGGUCACUGGUGGCUUGACACAAUAGGAAAGGCCUUAGAUGAAAACACAACAUUUGAACGUAUGGGUUCUAGGCAGCUGGCAGGAUUGCUCGUUUCUCUUUGGGUAAGGAAGAAUCUUAGAAUGCAUGUUGGGGACAUUGAUGCGGCAGCAGUUCCUUGCGGCUUCGGUCGAGCUAUUGGCAAUAAGGGAGGUGUAGGUUUGAGAAUCAGAGUGUUUGACCGGUUAAUCUGCUUUGUUAAUUGUCACCUAGCUGCACAUCUGGAAGCAGUAAAUCGUCGAAAUGCAGACUUUGAUCAUAUCUAUCGAAAUAUGGUCUUCACCCGGUCAUCAAAUCUACCCAAUAAUGCAGCUGGUAUGGUGCGAUUACUGUUUUUGUGUUGCUCUCUUGCGUUCUCCACAUAUUUAUUUAGGCUGCUUUAUUCUUCUGGCUUGCCACUGGUGCUCUGUGUUGCAGCUGGUGCCUCUGCUGCUGUUCAAACGCUUCGGGUGACAAAUACUGCAGGUGUCAACACUGAUGAAACAAAGCUUGAUUUAGCUGAAGCAGAUAUGGUAGUCUUUUUUGGCGAUUUUAACUACCGCCUUUUUGGUAUAUCUUAUGAUGAAGCAAGGGACUUUGUUUCUCAAAGAUGCUUCGAUUGGCUUAGAGAAAAGGAUCAGCUCAGGGCAGAGAUGAAAGCAGGCAAGGUUUUCCAAGGAAUGCGUGAGGCGUUAAUCAGAUUCCCUCCAACUUACAAGUUUGAAAGGCACCGACCAGGUUUGGCAGGUUACGAUUCUGGCGAAAAGAAGCGCAUUCCUGCAUGGUGUGACCGAGUGAUAUAUCGUGACAACAGGUCAGGACCAGUGUCUGAGUGCAGUUUGGAGUGCCCUAUAGUCUCGUGCAUUUUACUGUAUGAGGCUUGCAUGGACGUGACAGAGAGCGAUCACAAACCUGUGCGUUGCAAAUUCCAUAGUACUAUUGCCCAUGUUGAUAGAUCAGUAAGGAGACAAGCAUUUGGGGAAGUCAUACAAUCAAAUAAGAAAGUUAGGUUUCUUCUCGAUGAAUUACGUUAUGUUCCAGAAACAUUUGUUAACACCAACAAUAUAGUCCUUCAAAACCAGGACACAUUAAUCCUACGAGUCACCAACAAAUCUGACAAGGAUAAAGCUAUAUUUAAAAUCAUAUGUGAGGGUCAGUCCACUAUGAAGGAUGAUGAGGAGGUAGCCGAUUACCAUCCAAGAGGCUCCUUUGGCUUCCCGAGGUGGCUUGAGGUUACACCAGCUGCUGGUAUAAUCAAUGCUGAUCAAUCUGUGGAGGUCUCAGUCCAUCAUGAGGAAUUCCAUACCCUAGAAGAUCUUGUUGAUGGCAUCCCACAGAACUGGUGGUGUGAAGACACUCGGGAUAAGGAAGUGAUAUUGAGAGUGAUUGUACAAGGCAGUUGUUCAAUGGAAACAAGAUGUCAUCAGAUCCAUGUGCGUCACUGCUUCUCAGCAAAGACAGUCCGCAUCGACUCGAAGUCCAACAACUACAGGAAAGGCCAAGGAGGUAGUCUUCAUCGCUCUGAACUUCGGCAGCUCAGCAGUUCCUCUGAUACGACUGAUGAUCCCAGGAAUUCGCAUAACUGUUGAAGCUAGAAGUGAGGUCUGAUAGGAUAUAGGGCAGAUACAGAUGCAACAACCGGAGGGAGCGCGGAGGCAAUGAGGUCCGUUGCCUCAGGAAUUCAUUCCCACAACCACAGUCCGUUUGUUGAUGUAAAUACUAAAGAAGGCAUGGCCCCUAUUUGGCGUGUUGAGACUGGUUUCAUUUGCUAAUUCGUUGUCAUUUCUUAUAUUAAGCAUAAUGCCAUCCAUAUUCAUUUGACUCCAACUAUUCUUGCUUGAAAAACGCUGUGAUACUAAUAUUCCUGGACAAAUUAUUUACUAGAAACUUCAACAAGCACAAGUAAUAAGCUUGUUGGUUGUCUCAUUUAGUAGUAGCAAUAUUUUUGGAAAGCCUAUAAAUUGCCAGUGCCAGCCAUUCUUAUAGGCUGACUUUUUUUAUUCAUUUUUUCUCUGUU